AUGGGACCCACGAGCCACCGGUCCCCGCCGCUCUCCACCGCCCUGGCGGUGGCAGUAGCGGCGGCAGUGCUCGUCCUCCUCCCCCUCCCGGCCCUUUCCGACAACCUCGGCCUCUUCCCGGAGAUUGAGAUCACGUUAGCCAACGACGGGCGUUGGCCCGUUUGGUUCAUGUGCCAAAUGACGGACCACUCGGAUUCCCUCUACCAACUCCCCCAAAACUCGACUUACCGCUUCAACUUCCGGCAAGCCGCUUUCCCCAUGCGGUGGUGCUACCUCUACGUGAGCCGGUCGAGCCACGGCUUCUUUUGGGCUUUCACGGUUAGGUCUCGAUGCACCAAAUGUUUUUGGAGCAUUAAUCAUCACCCGUCUCUCUAUCGGGCAGAUAAAGGCCGGUGGGAGAGGCAAAAGCUUUUCAUGCCGCCGGAUUUCAACAUUAGUAGGUAUCUAAGGGCGGCCACCGGAAAGGAUGGGCCGGACGGGGACGACCGGUAA